AUGUCAAAUGCCAUGGCUCGCGCCAGGGCAUGCUACCACCAUGCACCCAUACCAAGACACUGGGGGGCAUUUGUGGCCCCAAUGAAAUAUCGCACAUUGAGUUAUGCCGGAUUAUCAACGGUAUUUGGAGGUGCGGUGCUGGUCCACUACUUGGAAUCAACGGAACGGGAAGAUACGGCCCGUGAUAUUUUGAGCGCAGAAAUACACUUAAUCUCCUGCCUUACGGCAUUUAGUGCGGGAAUGACUUCUGGGCUCGAAAAUGCCCUCAAUUGUGGGCUGCUGCCUCGAAGCUUGGAUUGGAGGAGUCACGUUAGACAUAUGGGCGGGAUUUCAGCCAUACUUUUAACUUCAUUUGCCUCUGGCUUGAGCUACAAUUCUCCCAGGGACUCUUUGUACUUGUUACUUGCCGCUGCCGGCUUUACGCUAGUUAGCGAUGCAGCCUUAAGGCAGCGCAGCUUCCCGUUGUGGUUUUUUGGAUAUAAGAAAAAAUUUAUCUUUGGCCUCUCGACUAGCAUUAUAGCGUUGCUAACGUGCGAAUCGCAGCAACUGCCCGGAAGGGCCCUGCACAUUGACCAGCAGGACGACCUUCGUAAAGUUUAG